CCUCGUCGCUGUACCAGAAGCAACGAGCAGAGCGUCGAUACCUCCUCACCACGUCACCAGCCGUGCUGACUGUCCUCCAUGUAGGACAUCUACUACGUCUGCAGCAGGUGAAGAUCAUCCUGCUGGCACAACAACUGUCAACGCCGUUAUUAAUGCUGAAGGCGGAACGGUCGCUGCGGACGCGUGCGUGGCAGAACCGCCAGAGAGACCAACCGAGAC